AGGAUCUCGGUAGGCAGAAGCCGAGUUGCUUUCCGAGAGCCGUAGACGAGUGUGAUUCAGAAUUCCCUUUAUAACCUGGCUUGACUCAGCACAUUCACCCCGAGAUCGCUGACCAUGGCAGAAGCCCACCAGGCCGUGGCCUUCCAGUUCACCGUCACCCCCGACGGCAUCGACCUGCGGCUCAGCCAUGAAGCCCUGAAGCAAAUCUACCUGUCGGGACUUCAUUCCUGGAAGAAGAAGUUCAUCAGAUUCAAGAACGGCAUCAUCACUGGCGUGUACCCGGCGAGUCCCUCCAGUUGGCUGAUCGUGGUGGUGGGCGUGAUGUCAACCAUGUAUGCCAAGAUCGACCCCUCGCUGGGAAUAAUUGCGAAGAUCAAUCGGACCCUUGACACAACGGGCUACAUGUCCAGCCAGACGAAGAACGUGGUCAGCGGCGUGCUGUUCGGCACAGGCCUGUGGGUGGCCCUGAUCGUCACCAUGCGUUACUCCCUGAAGGUGCUGCUGUCCUACCACGGCUGGAUGUUCGCCGAGUACGGCAAGAUCAGCCGCGCCACCAAAGUCUGGAUGUAUCUGGAAUCGGUGAGGCCUCUCAUGAAGGAAACCGAAUUUAAGCGGAUGACGGCUCUCGCCGAAGAUUUCGCUGUCAACCUCGGGCCGAAACUACAGUGGUAUCUGAAGCUGAAAUCCUGGUGGGCGACCAAUUACGUGAGCGACUGGUGGGAGGAGUAUAUCUACCUCCGAGGACGGGGGCCGCUGAUGGUGAACAGCAACUACUACGCCAUGGACUUUCUGUACAUCAUACCCACGCACAUCCAGGCAGCGAGGGCCGGCAACGCCAUCCAUGCCCUCCUACUGUACAGACGCAAGCUGGACCGGGAGGAGAUCAAACCAAUUCUUCUUCUGGGAUCCACAGUUCCGCUCUGCUCGGCUCAGUGGGAGCGAACGUUCAACACGUCUCGGAUCCCGGGGGAGGAGACAGACACCAUCCAGCACGUCCGGGACAGCAGGCACAUGGUGGUGUUUCACAAGGGCCGCUACUUCAAGGUCUGGCUGUACCACGACGGCCGGCUGCUGAAGCCCCGGGAGAUCGAGCAGCAGGUGCAGAGGAUUCUGGACGACCCGUCGGAGCCUCAGGCUGGGGAGGCGAAGCUGGCGGCCCUCACCGCGGCAGAGAGGGUGCCCUGGGCGCGGUGUCGCCAGGCCUAUUUUGGGCGCGGGAAGAACAAGCAGUCCCUGGACGCCGUGGAGAAGGCUGCGUUCUUCGUGACGCUGGACGAAACGGAGCAGGGGUAUAAGAAGGAGGACCCCGGCACGUCGCUGGACAGCUACGCCAAGUCCCUGCUGCACGGCAGGUGCUGUGACAGGUGGUUUGACAAGUCCUUCACGUUUGUUGUCUUCAAAAAUGGGAAAAUAGGCAUGAACGCCGAGCACUCCUGGGCCGACGCGCCCAUCGUCGGGCACCUCUGGGAGUACGUCUUGGCCACUGACAGCUUCCAGCUGGGUUACCUGGAGGAUGGACACUGUAAAGGGGACACCAACCCGAACAUCCCGUACCCCACGCGGCUGCAGUGGGACAUCCCGGAGGAGUGUCAAGAGGUGAUAGAGACGUCCCUGAGCAGCGCGAACCUCCUGGCCAACGACGUGGACUUCCACUCCUUCCCGUUCGACACCUUCGGGAAGGGGCUGAUCAAGAAGUGCCGCACCAGCCCGGACGCCUUCGUGCAGCUGGCCCUGCAGCUGGCGCACUACAAGGACAUGGGCAAGUUCUGCCUCACGUACGAGGCCUCCAUGACCCGGCUCUUCCGAGAGGGGAGGACGGAGACCGUGCGGUCCUGCACUGUCGAGUCCUGCAACUUCGUGCUGGCCAUGAUGGACCCCCGCCAGACGGCUGAGCAGAGACUCCGAUUAUUCAAGAUCGCAUCCGAGAAGCACCAGCACCUGUACCGCCUGGCGAUGACCGGCGCUGGGAUCGACCGCCACCUCUUCUGCCUUUACGUGGUGUCCAAGUAUCUCGCCGUGGAGUCCCCUUUCCUGAAGGAAGUCUUGUCCGAGCCUUGGAGGUUAUCCACCAGCCAGACCCCUCAGCAGCAGGUGGAGUUAUUUGAUUUGGAGAGGAAUCCGGAGUAUGUGUCCAGCGGAGGGGGCUUUGGGCCGGUCGCUGACGAUGGGUACGGCGUGUCCUACAUCCUGGUGGGAGAGAACCUCAUCAAUUUCCACGUCUCCUCCAAGUUCUCCAGCCCCGAGACGGAUUCUCAUCGUUUCGGGAAGCACCUGAGACAGGCGAUGACCGACAUCAUCACUCUGUUUGGGUUCAGCUCCAACUCCAGAAAGUAAUUCCCAGGACGGCCGCCGGGAAGGAAGUGAGCCCUUCGGAUAAAAACCAAAUGAAAAAUAGCUAUUACUCCUGAUCCUAGUUCAGGGUGAAAAAUUGCUCUAAAAAAAAACAAAACAAAAACAAAAAACAAAACAAACAAAAAAAAACUCAGAACUUCUCUUGCCAUCAAGGGUUUGGUGUCUUGUUUUUCUGUGACUGCAGGCUCCACCACGUGAGGUACAGCCCUCCUCCUUUUAGGCAGGUCCUGACUUGAGGGACAGCUGAGGAAGGGCCCCGGGAAGUCUCCGCAUCCGCUCUGCCCACGGAGGGAUGGGACUGGUGAUGAGCUCACGGAGGAGCGGGCGCUGUGACGUCGCGGGUGUCGGAGAUGGAGGGGUGGCACUUCCUUGGGGGCAGCCCAGGACCCGGUGUUUAGUUUUAGCAGAGGAGGGUGAGCACGUGUCCUGCCCAGAGAGAAAAGCGCCCUGCGGGCUGGAGAUGUUAGCGGCUGGCGGCGGACGUGCCCGUGCCGCCCUCACUGAAACGCUGCGCUUCUGAAGCUUCGUCCCUGCGGUAACUGGCCUCGUCUGGCUCCGUCGCGUGCGUUCGCCUGGCUGUGUUUCAAACACGUAGUGUGAGCCCCUCUAGUCCUGACCUCGCGAGUGUUCAGAACCCAGUGCCUUCAGAACGGAAGGCCCGGAACGCACGGGAGACCGGGAGAAAGGUUGAUUUCGGAAAGUCUUUAGAUGGAAUUGUGGGGGGUCCUCCUCACCUCCUCAAUUCACUGAGUGGAUAACCCGAAACAGGCAUUUUCCCGUGGUUCCCCUACCCCUAGGAAGACUGGUUCCCUUCUGAGGGCAGCUCUGUGGGCCCCCCAUGCCUUGGGAGGUGGGCAUGCAUCAGAAAUGGGGAACAUUGGCUUGAUGGUCGAGUAUUGUGUCUGGAGCAUUCCCUGAACAAUAAAAUAGGACGUGUGCCUCGGCAGCGCCGCUUACUCCAGCGAUGGCCAGGAGACCGUGACAUCCGCCCCUGGGAAAGGAACCCAGCUUGAGCAGAGGGGCCCGCAGGCUCCACGUGGCCAGGGCAGGGCAGCACUGUGUGUCCCAGCGCUGUGUGAGCCUUGGUGCCCGGCUAGCGUGGCGCAGGCGAUGGGUGUGGGGUUGACCGCAGCCUACUUUCAGACAAGAGUGCCUUAUCGAGAGGGUGAGUGACCAAAACAAGCACUUAUGCACUGAAUUGUCUUCAGUAUUUAAUGUAAAAAGAAAGGAUCCCGGAUUGAAAGACCCACUGUCUCUGGGCUGUCGUGACAAGCUCAUCUGCCCAUUUAAACACUUGGCUAUUUAUUUGCCUGACCACUUUGUCCUGGCUGCGCUCCCCUCCGUGAGAGUUCCGCACUCUGUGAUCCGAGACGGGGCCGCACGGCCGGAGGGAGAGCAGGCGCUGGCCACAGAGCACACGCGUGUUUUAUUUAUGACGGUGUUGUAAUGGAGAAACCCCAUCUGAAUGGGCCAAAGAUUUCUUUUUUGUCUUAAAAGCAAGAAGGAAUGGAAACGGGAAAAACAACCACCAUAGUAAGAAAACCCUGUUCGUCUGUGGUACGCAGCCCAGGAGCUGUGGGGGAAUGGCCCACUCUGCCGCUCGGGCCGCGCGGCUCCCGAUCAAGGCCCCGCGGUCACUCCGAGCCACCUGAAUCAUGCAUUAUUGACCACUGACCAGUCUGUGUUACCUAGCGUUCCAGUGUACAUGUGUUAGCACUCAAUUAUACUUGGGCUUAUCUCUCAGGUUUUAAAUAUUUUUGCUAAUCAGUGCAGUUGUCAAUGCAAUUUUUAUAUUCCUAAAAAGAUGGAAGGGUGGACUUUUACUGUACAUGUUGAAAGGAAGAGGUGAGAGUAUUAAGUAUUUAAUUUAAUCUGGGACAAACCAUGGUCUUAACCAGAGCUGUGGUUUGACUUUGUAAUCUUGGACUGUGUAGUGCAUGUAAAUACAAUAUGCUCUUUUGGAUGUAAAUCUUAGAAACGCAGUGUGGAUGUUAUCGUUAAUAAAAGCAUUAAUCCCAGUCUACCACAGUAUUUGUUUCUGUC